AUGGCGAGCUCGGAUUUCGAAGAGAUUGUCAAGAGGUGCUUGGAUGCUCGAAGCUCGAAGCCAGGGAAGCCAGUUGCGUUUGAGGAGCAGGAGAUCAAGGCUCUAUGCCUUCAGGUCCGGAGCAUUUUCCUCUCGCAAAGCCCCUUUUUGGAGCUGGAGGCGCCUAUGAACAUCUGCGGGGACGUUCAUGGGCAGUUUCACGACCUGCUUCGAAUGUUCGAGUAUGGAGGGUUUCCGCCCAAUAGCAACUAUCUUUUUCUUGGCGACUACGUGGAUCGAGGUAAGCAAAGCCUUGAGACAAUCGUGCUCCUCUUUGCAUACAAGGCCCUACAUCCAGAAAACUUUUUCUUGCUUCGUGGCAACCAUGAGAGUGCGUCGAUUACGCGCAUCUAUGGGUUUUAUGAUGAAUGCAAGCGACGCUUCAACAUCAAGCUUUGGAAGAGUUUCUGCGACGUAUUUAAUUGCCUGCCAGUUAGUGCCCUGGUCGAUGAGAAAGUCAUGUGCAUGCACGGGGGCCUUUCGCCCGAGCUCCAGCACUUCGAUCAGAUUCGGAAGAUUGUUCGCCCCACAGACGUGCCGGACUCCGGCCUGAUCUGCGACCUGCUGUGGUCAGAUCCUGACAGGGACUACGUCGGCUGGGCUGAGAACGACCGUGGCGUCUCCUAUGUGUUUGGGACCGACGUCGUUGCGGCUUUCCUGAAGCGAUACAACCUUGACCUCGUCUGCCGAGCCCACCAAGUGGUUGAAGACGGGUACGAGUUUUUCGGCAAGAGAAACCUCGUCACCUUGUUCAGCGCCCCGAACUAUUGUGGCGAGUUCGACAAUGCAGGGGCCAUGAUGACUUUGGAUGAGACGCUGAUGUGCAAGUUCAUCGUCCUGAAGCCGCCUGGCGAACUCUGGAAAGUGGGUAGUGAGGUCUUCUGCGGUCAUUGGUUUCUGAGACUCGGCAGUUUUACAGGACUGGCUCCGGACGUAGUGUCUUUCCAGGAUGUUCAGGCGCAAGGCUACGGCCAUGACUCAAGCGUGACCGGUAUUGGCUUCUGGAGCAGAUAUUGCAACUUUGCGCCACACUUCGUGCAAGCAUGCGAGCUGCGCUUUUCGUGGACCAUGCUGUCUGCUUCCAGUGAUCCAUACUAUGUGGCCAGAGAAGAGGUGGCCAAAGCCAUGCAGAAGCUCCAAGGCCUUUUCCCGGAGUGGCGUCGCCUUCUGCAGACGGAGAACACCGCACGCUCGGAACGCUUCAAGGAGUUGCACUCCGAGCUCGCAGGUGAGCUAGAGCAGCUGAGCCUGGACUUGGAUGAUAUACAUGCCACAAUCAGCAUGGUCGAAGGCAACCGUGGCACCUUCCAGAUCAGCGAUGCAGAGCUGGCAAGCCGCCGGCGCUUCGUGACGGAGUCGCGUCAAACGCUCGAGCAACUUCAGAAGGACAUGCGCGGGCCACAGACACGGGCAAAGCUGGAAAGCGACCAGAAGGCCCUGCUUUCCAGUGCAGCCUCUAGCGCACGUGCCAGAGAGGAGCGACAAAGCCGAGCCGUGCAGGACAACCAGGCCUUCCUUGACAGGCAAAGGCAGCAACAAGCUCAGCUCAUGGCAAGGCAAGACGAGGACCUGACCGAGCUGUCGCUGAGUGCGCAGAGGUUGGGCAACACAGCUCAGAUUCUGAAUGUUGAGCUCAAGGAGCAGCAGAAACUUCUCGAGGAGCUGGAUGAGGAUAUUGACAAAGAAGCCGAGAAACUGAACUUUGUCAUGAAGCGCAUGGGAAAGCUUCUCAAAACAAGCGACAGCAAGCAGCUUUGCCUGAUUAUCGGGCUCAGUUGUUUGGUCGCUUUCCUUCUUUUCCUUCUCAUCAACACCUGA